AUGGCGGUUCAGCUUGACGUGGAAGAUGAAACAAUUUUAACAGCGAUUUUUAAAGAUUCGUUCCCAGAAUCCUGGAGAGAGAAUCCUGAUUUUGUGUUGUACCUUGUUGAGCUGAGUUCAUUUGGAGUGGACAAAUUAAGCCAUGAACCAGAAAGACUUGCCGAUGAGAGAGCACAGAUUUUGGAACAGACACAGGACUUGGCCUUUCACAACUACAAAACAUUUAUCCAAACUGCUGAAUGUUCCAAGGAAAUAUUUCAAGAUUUCAGUAAAGUAGAACAACAUGUAAGUGACUUACUUGACAAGCUGCCGCAGUUCACAGGAAAAUGUAAUCAGUUUGUGAAAGAUGCACAAGAAAUUAAUUCAAGCCGUAAAAUGAACACCUUAACACUGGCCAAGUAUCCACAACUAUUGGAAAUCUUGGAGAUUCCGCAACUGAUGGACACCUGUGUGAGAAAUGGCUAUUAUGAAGAAGCACUUGAAUUGGCAGCUUAUGUCAAACGCCUAGAGAAAAAACACUUCAAUAUUCCAGUAAUUUUGGGUAUUGUAAACGAAGUAAGAUCAUCAACCCAAUUGAUGUUUAACCAGUUGAUACAACAGCUGCAUACCAAUGUACAGUUGCCAGCUUGUCUACGAGUUAUUGGAUAUUUACGUCGUAUGGAUAUACUCUCAGAACCAGAACUACGUAUCAAGUUCUUACAAGCAAGGAAUGCUUGGUUACAAGGCAUUAUUAAUGCCAUACCACAGGAUGAUGCAUAUUUCCAUAUUACCAAGGUAAUAGAAGCAAGCCGAGUGCAUUUAUUUGAUAUAAUAACCCAGUAUCGUGCAAUAUUUUCUGAUGAUGACCCUAUAAUGUCCUCAAUGCAGGAACAUGUAAACGAGAGUGCAAUAUUUUAUGGAUGGGUCAUUCAGAAGAUAUCUCAGUUUUUAAAAACACUAGAGACUGAUCUGGAGAAAGGUGUUGGGACACGAUUAGACUCUUUACUUGGACAGUGUAUGUACUUUGGUUUAUCAUUCAGUCGUGUUGGCGCUGACUUUCGGGGACUAUUACCGCCUUUAUUCCAAAGAGCUGCUUUGAAAUCCUUCAAGUCCUCAAUGAAGGAUGCCAUAAAAAGAUUUGAGGAGUCAAUGCAAUCCUAUACAUUAUUGUCAAUAUCAUCAUCAUUAUCAAGUACAGUGUUAUCAUCAGGAUUUUCUCAGGGUGAAAGCAACCUGAAUCCCCCCAUGGUUAUAAUGGAAUAUUCCCCACUAGCUGUCUACACCAAUCACAUUUUGACAGCUUUGAAUGAUUUGAGAUUGUGUGCACCAAUAGCAUUGGCUGAAGAGGUUGCUAUGCAACUACAAGAUUCCCUGUCUAAAAUGGUGGCUGCCAUCUUGGCUUUCCACAGCCCACAGACUCCUAGUGAUAGUGUCCCCUGCCCAAAGACUCCUAGUGAAAGUGGACCCUGCCCACAGACUCCUAGUGAAAGUGGACCCUGCCCAAAGACUCCUAGUGAAAGUGGACCCUGCCCAAAGACUCCUAGUGAAAGUGGACCCAGCCCACAGAUUCCUAGUGAUAGUGGCUCCUGCUCAAGUCUCCUAGUGAUAGUGGCCCCUGCCCACAGACUCCCAGUGAAAGUGGCCCUGCCCAAAGACUCCUAG